AUGAAGCACCAAGACGUUGAGCUUCCCUUUGGGAAAAUAUGCCAAGCACCACAAAAGGCACCAAAAAAAGUGGUGCUUCUAGUCUUUGCCCUACUUCUUCUCACAAUCAUCCCUCUCUAUUACCCUUCAAUAAGCCACUCCUUAUUUGUGUCGGAAACUCUUAAUUCAAACCCACUUGUGCCCUCUUCAUCAUCAUCAUCACAAGAUCAUUUAAAUGAUCAUGUUCAUGAGGAGGAUGAUUUGCCAUCCGUAACUAGCAAUUUAAAGUGUGACAUAUUUACUGGAGAAUGGGUUCCAAAUCCAGAGGCUCCCUAUUACACAAACAAAACAUGUUGGGCAAUCCACGAACAUCAAAACUGCAUGAAGUAUGGAAGACCAGACACAGAGUUCAUGAAAUGGAGGUGGAAGCCAGAUGGGUGUGAGCUUCCUAUUUUUAACCCGGCCCAGUUCCUAGAAUUGCUUAGAGGCAAGUCCUUGGCCUUUGUUGGAGACUCUGUGGGCAGAAAUCAAAUGCAGUCCUUGAUAUGCCUCCUUUCUAGGGUGGAGUAUCCAAUAGAUGUUUCAAUCACACCAGAUCCAACUCAGAAAUUCAUACGCUGGAAAUACAUGUCCUACAACUUCACCAUGGCAACAUUUUGGACGCCACAUUUGAUCAAAUCCAAAGAAGCAACCUACACGAACGGACCGACGAAGACCGGCCUUUUUGAGCUCUACCUCGAUGAAUUUGACGAGGCAUGGACAACCCAACUAGAUGAAUUCGACUACAUUAUACUUUCUGCGGGCCAUUGGUUCUUCCGUUCGUUGGUUUACUAUGAAAAUCAAAAGAUUUCAGGGUGCCACUAUUGCCUCCUAGACAAUGUGCCUGAUGUAGGCAUUUUCUAUGGAUAUAGAAAGGCUUUUAGGUUAGCUUUUAAGGCCAUAAACAGCUUACAAAAUUAUAAGGGCAUAACCUACGUUAGGACUUUUGCACCGUCACAUUUUGAAAACGGGUUGUGGAACCAGGGAGGGAACUGUUUGAGAACGACGCCGUUUCGGAGCAACGAGACACAAUUGGAGGGUGCCAAUUUGGAGCUUUACAUGAUCCAAAUUGAGGAGUUUAGGACCGCUGUAAAAGAAGGGAGAAAAAAGGGGUUGAAAUAUAGGUUAUUGGACACAACACAGGCCUCAUUGUUAAGGCCAGACGGUCAUCCUAGUAGAUAUGGCCACUGGCCACAUGAAAAUGUGACUUUGUAUAAUGACUGUGUGCAUUGGUGCUUGCCGGGACCCAUUGACACGUGGAGUGAUUUCUUGCUGGAGAUGUUGAAGAUGGAGGGUAUGAGAUCAGCUGAGGAGAAGAAGCUCAUGAUGUCAAAAGACAGGAGAUUGAAUUAA